AUGUUCAAGAAAAUCAAUGCCGUUUUCCGCCCCAACCAUGGGCACCGGUCACAGGAAGACUACCACAAUGCCUGCACCGUAAAGCUUGUGCGCAGCACAUCUAUGCUUGUGGUUGGGGAGAAGAGUGGUGUCCGGCAGGACUUGACCCUGAAGCGGAGCGUCAGCGCAGUCAGUGUGGAGUCCAGCACGACACUGUGCUACUACCAUAGCCGAGAGGACAGGGUAUGGCUCUACUCCCAGAACCAGAACUGUCUGGAGUAUCUCCAGGAACUGGUGGCACUCAGACGACAGUACACCAAGAGCAUCAGUGACCUCAAGUAUGCCGAACGCCGAGAGACUGUCUCCAGCAAGAAAAAGCCUGCGCCACAGCCACCACGGCCGCCACAGCACAGAAUCAUCCAGCAUCCAAGUCCAGAACCUUCAGCUCCUCCGAUUCCUAAUGAAGAGGACACACUGCAGUUCUUUGAUGCAGUGAUUGCGAGCUGUGACCCCGAGCGCACCAGGAAACCACACGUGGAUGAUGGCCAUGCAGACGUGGACUUUGUUGUGGCUACCAGUACGUGUGAACAUGAUCUCCACUCUAACUGGGUUUUGCGGGACCCUCGGCGGAUAUCCAUGGACGAAUCUCGUCUGAAGCGGGCAGACGUGAGUACGGAGCAAGGCGCUUGGAAGAAGGCUGUUGGUGGGAGCACAGGCAGCACAAGACGUCUGCAGCGAAACCCCAUCCACCUGCCCAAAGUGGUGGAGAGUGCCUUCCAGACCUUGCGCUUUAAACCAAAGCUUAAGAAGAAAGAUUAG